AUGAUAGCGAUACGUAGUCUAGGUGCAAUCAUCGCGUGUUCAAGUGUGUCUCCAUCGUCACCGAUUUCUGGUGGGGGGAAGGAGAGCGGGCCAGUCGGUGAUCAUUACCUUACCAUCGCAUUGAUGAUGAAGACGAUGGGCGUAUCUUCCAUGUCCCCUGCUCAGGCUGUAGUCUACUCACGCCGUCUUUGCUUGGGAGCAGCCGUUGGUGUUGGCAAGCUGGCCGCAAUCAGGACAGGUUACAUUAAUGGAAUUGAGACGACCCGGCAACAAUGGCAGGGGAUGACUCAAAGGGAGACAGCAGAAAAGUGGAGGAAUGUUCUGGCUGCUGAGGUGAUUGAUAGGCAGCCAGGAGAAUAA